GUCUGCUUGUGGUGCAACACUAGCAUAAAUUGAAGCUAUGCGAAUAACAAUAAGCUCAUCAUCACAUACACCAUAACACCACCGUCUUAGCUUCGUUAUUGUUCUACUUGCUUCCACCCAUCAUGGCGAACAACACUGGACACGUGGCAGUGUUUGCUUUCCCCUUUGGAAGCCACCCCCUUCCUCUCUUCAACCUUGUCCUCAAACUCUCUCACUCUGCUCCUAAUCUCUCCUUCUCCUUCAUCUCCACCCAAUCAUCCACCCAGACUCUCAUCUCAAAAUCCCCACACAACAACAUCAACUUCAUCUCCUAUAAUGCUCACGCGCCACCACCUGAUCAGUCUCUUGAGAUGGUCAACCUUUUCCUUCAACAAGCCACCCCUCAAAACCUCCAAAAACCCAUAGACAUGGCCGUUCAACAAACAAACCACAGAGUAACAUGCAUCAUUGCAGAUGCUUUUGUUCUUCCUUCCUUCCUUGUUGCUCAGAAUCUCAGUGUUCCAUGGAUCCCUGUUUGGGCUCCAUUCUCAUCUUCCCUCUCUGCACAUUUCUACACUGAUACCAUACGCCACAAUUAUAAUAAUUCAUGUUCUUCCUUGGAUUUUCUUCCAGGUUUGAACAUGGUACAUGUUGAGGAUCUUCCAGAGGAUGUGAUCAACGGUGGAGAGAACGAGACGCUGUUUUCCAAGACUCUAGCUUCGUUAGGAAGGGUUUUACCUCACGCGGAAGCAGUGGUUAUGAAUUACUUUGAAGAACUAGACCCUCCUAUGUUUGUUUCAGACAUGAGGUCAAAGCUCAAAUCCAUGCUCUACGUCGGUUUCCUCACUCUGAAGCUGCCGCUGCCGCCGUUGCCGCCCUCCGAAACCGACUCAACCGGUUGCCUGUCGUGGCUGGACACGCAAGGUUUAAGAUCCGUUGCAUACGUAAGCUUCGGGACGGUGGUGACGCCGCCGGAAAAGGAGAUAGUGGCUAUGGCAGAAGCACUGGAAGAGAGUGGUUUCCCAUUCCUGUGGUCGUUAAAGGAGCAUGCAAAGAAGCUUCUGCCAGAAGGGUUUGUUGAGAGAACAAAAAGCAAAGGGAAAGUGGUUCCAUGGUGUCCUCAGAGUGAGGUCUUGGGACAUGGUAGUGUUGGGGUGUUUGUGACUCACUGUGGGUGUAACUCGGUGUUCGAGAGCAUCUCCAAUGGAGUACCCAUGAUUUGUAGGCCGUUUUUUGGGGAUCAAGGAAUGGUAGGGAGGAUGGUGGAGGAUGUGUGGAAGAUCGGAAUGAGAGUUGAGAGUGGUUUGUUGAGCAAAGAUUGGUUGGUGAAUGGGUUGAAUGCGGUUAUGGUUGGAGAAGAAGGGAAGAAGAUGAGGGAGAAUGCUCAGAUUCUGAAGAAGAAGGUUAUGGAUGCGGCUUCUCCACGAGGGAAGGCACCACGUCAUUUCACCUCUUUGCUCCAACUCAUUCUUUCCGGCACUCAUUGUUAGGCAGAAACUCAGAUUGCUGUCAUUUUGAAUUUAGAUGGAACAGCCACAAAAUGAUCAGCAACUACAACAUAAUUCUGUGGGCAUCUUCAAGACUAGAAAUUAUGGAAUUAGCCCUCUCUAGUUGC